AUGGCUAUCAUGUCGUCUUGUGCCACUGGUCAGUGCUCCAUACCCAGUGUGGGUAGUGUCAAUACUUUGGUUACCCUUUUGCUGCAGGAAGCUGGAGGAGAUCCUCCCCCAGAAACGGAGAUACCUUCCCUUUUCUAUGGUGUUCAACAUACAAACGCCUCUUUUUCCUAUUACACCCAAGCCAAUGAGAAUUCCUGUAAAGCCUGGAAAAACAAUCAAUGCCAUUGGCCUCGUGGCAAAACUAUAGGCGGCACAGGAGCCAUCAAUGCCAUGCUUUAUGUUAGAGGCAAUCGUCGGGACUAUGAUGAAUGGUGUGCAGCAGGUAAUGCGGGAUGGUGUUAUCAGCAAGUGUGGCCUUAUUUUCAAAAGGCCGAAUUUGCACAAGGCAACGCAACUCACCCCAAGGGCCAUCUAAGGCUAAGUGUUGUGAGAGACAAUGCCGGAAGUCAUUACAUCGAUAUGCUUAGCCAAGGUAUGCUAGAAUUGGGUAUACCCCAAUUGGAGGAUUUUGUUGAAGACAGUUAUUUGGGCCAUGCCUUGGUUAAGAGCACCAUCAGUGAAGGUCGUCGUGCCAGCACAGGCAAAGAAUAUUUGGCCAAAGUUGCCAAAAGGUCAAACUUAAAAGUUAUAAAAAAUGCCCAGGUUACCAAAAUCAAUUUCGAUAAGACAGCCGAUCAAGUGAUUUCCAUAGAAUUCAAGCUAAAGCAAAGCAAAAUUUUAAAGGUUCCCAUAAGAAAAGAGGCCAUACUCUCGGCAGGCUCCAUAGAUUCGCCCAAAAUUUUAAUGUUAUCGGGAGUGGGUCCCAGCAAUCAUCUGAAGGCUCUGCACAUAGACCAAAAACAUGAUUUACCUGUAGGCCAAAAUUUACAGGAUCAUGUUAUAGCCAAAGUCUUUAUGCGCCUGUUGGCAAACAAAACAGAGCCUACGGCAUCUCUCGAUGAGUUAUAUGAAUAUUUGAUGCAUCAAAAAGGUCCUCUGGGCUCUACGGGAGUAUCGUCCCUAAUCACUUUCUUGCAGAGCAAUGCAACGCGUGUUAGCCCCUAUCCUGAUUUAGAGGUUCAUCAAUUUCUAUUACAAAGAGGCCGCCACCAGUCGGCAGAUAUUUUCUUGAAUGGCAUAAAUGCCAAAGAAGAGUUUAAAGACUUAUUAUUGGAGCAAGUGGAAAAUUAUGAUGUUUUAUGUUUUUUGUUGGUGGCACUAAAUCCCAAAUCUAAAGGCAGCAUAAAACUUCAAACGAAAUCCGUGCAUGAUCCUCCACUAAUAGAUGCUGCCUACUUCCACAAUCCCCAGGACAGGGAGACCUUAUUGCAAGCCAUUAACCAUCUCAAUCGUUUGGAACAAACUUUGGCCUUGCAGCAAAGAAAGGCUGAAAUUAUUCACAUACCCAUAGCGGAAUGUGAUCGAUUUCCCUAUAAAUCUCAAGAAUAUUGGCAAUGUUAUGUGACCUAUUUCUCCAGUACUUGUUAUCAUCCAGUGGGCACCAUCAAAAUGGGUGCUGAGGAAGACGAAACUGCCUGUGUCAAUGCCCAGCUGAAGGUUAAGGGAAUACGAAACUUGAGAGUUGUAGAUGCUUCCAUAAUGCCCACCAUCACCAGUGGCAAUACCAAUGGGCCCACCAUUAUGAUUGCGGAAAAGGCAGCAGAUAUGAUAAAACAACAGUGGCAGGAGGUAUGAAAAAACACAAAAGUUAAGUUAGAAAGCUAGGACAUAUUUGAUUCAAAUAAAAUUUUUUUUAUAAAUUCUGUGGAUAAUGGAGAUUUAAGGAAACUCUU